AGUCCCUAUAGUCUGUCAAUAGAGGGACUUGUCGUCUGCUACCUGGCUAUGAUGUGAAAAUGACUUUCAGUCAUGUAAUUCUUCUAUAUAUUUCUUUUUUCAAGAUCUAGUUAGAUUAUGUUCACAUUGGUUCACUUAAUACGUUAAAGUAUCGAAAGAGUAAUUGAAAGGUUAAAUUCGCAUUCAUUUUCUGAAAACACUUUUUCACUUUGGUCAUUUUUCCGGUCACUUUCAUGCGCUAGCUGCAUUUGGCGAUGAUGCAUCAACUGGCUGGCCUGGAGCGUGGAUGACCAUGAUUGAACUCUAUAUAUACGUACGUUCCACAUCAGACCAUGGCUUUUCAACCAAUCAAAAUUCAGAGCUGGUCAUGGUAGUGUGAUGUCUGCUAGGCCUAGGUGAUGUGACUGCCGGGAUAUACGAGGGGUAGAAACCGACAAUAUAAAGGUUGGGAUCUGAUAUUCUCAAUCAUGGAGUUUUUGAAGUCGAUAGGUCACCCAGACGAGGUCAUGGCUCUCCUCAAAUUUAAGCUGGGAGGAGGUCAGCACAUCAUUCCAAAACAAAAACUGGAUGAGAUGUCAACAACUGCUAAGAAAUGUUACAUGUAUCUAAAUCAGACAAGUAGGAGCUUUGCUGCAGUCAUUCAGGCAUUGGAAGGAGAUCUCAGACAUGCAGUAUGUAUAUUCUACCUAGUUCUGAGGGCAUUGGAUACUGUUGAAGAUGACAUGACCAUUCCCUUGAAAGAUAAAGUUCAAAUGCUACAGAAUUUCUACAAAAAUCUUGAGGAUCCUGAUUGGAAGUAUAUGGAAAGCAAAGAUAAGGAUAGAAUCGUGCUUGAAGAUUUUCCAGCAAUUUCAAUGGAAUACAGGGAUUUGGAUGAGCAUUACAGGGAAGUGAUCUCGGAUAUCUGCCAUAAAAUGGGAGAUGGAAUGAGUAAGGUCUUACAAACAGAAGUCAUCACAUUACAGGAUUGGAAUAUGUAUUGUCAUUAUGUAGCUGGACUGGUGGGAAUAGGACUCUCAAGACUCUUCAGUGCAUCUAAGCUGGAAGACCCUAUCGUUGGCAAAGAUACACAUCUAUCAAACUCCAUGGGACUGUUCUUACAGAAAACUAAUAUCAUUCGUGACUACCUCGAGGAUAACAUUGAUAAGAGGGAAUUCUGGCCAAGAGAUGUAUGGAGCAAAUAUGGGAAAAAACUGAGUGACUUCCAAGACAAGGAAAAUAUAGAAUCAGCAGUGCAUUGCCUGAAUGAACUUAUCACAAACGCCCUUGAACAUGUUCCUGAUGUCAUCAAAUACAUGUCACGCAUCAAAAACCAAUCUAUCUUCAACUUUUGUGCAAUUCCUCAGGUGAUGGCCAUAGCUACACUUGCUAAGUGUUAUAACAACCGUAAAGUAUUCUCUGGAGUGGUCAAGAUUCGCAAGGGUCAAGCAGUCAGCCUCAUGAUGGAGGCUACAUGCUUUCAGAGUUUGAGAAGGAUUCUAUAUAAAUAUGCUCAGGAGGUUGGUAAAGCCAUUCCACCUGGUGAUCCAUCAGCUUUGAAGACACAGAAGAUUGUCAGCACUAUUACCUCACUUGGAGAAGAUACCAUCACAGGGUAUAAUCUCUUCCCACCUCUCUAUGUCUCAGUGGCUAUCAUGCUUGCCCUUAUCAUAUAUAACUACUGGAGUACAUUAAUUCUACGUGCCGAUGAGUUAAUCUGAGUAAUGGACUCACAUUCAACUAUGGAGAGUUUGAGACCAACAUUGCAUUGGCAAUAGCCAUGGAUGGAACAAUUUGAAAUCAGAAGACUUCAAUUCAGAACAAGAGAAUUGUUUUUUGAGUCAUGAAUCCAUCAACCUCACUAGGAGUUUGUCUUACAAACUUUAUGUGUCUGUUUCAGAUGAGGUGCAACAGCAGUAUUAAAUGAUUACCUGACAAUAUUAAUAGGCUUAUUGGUGAAUGAACAAUAUGGGUUACAAUUGCAGUCCUAUCAUAAAAGAGAGAGAGAGUAAAAAAAAAAAGAAUUAGAACAUGAUGAUUUAUCAAAGUUAUCCCAUUCUAACCUGAAAACAUCAGCAUGUUUAUAUCUAAAGUCAUCCACAUCACAUUGUGUUAGAUCAAGGUGAACUUCACACACGUGGGGACCUGGUAGGAAUCUUUCCCUUUGAAUGAGAGUAAUUUCCCAGUUUGACAAAGAUAUUACCUGCUGAAGCCACAUUAAUCAUGCUGCAUUAAUUUAGGCACUUCUGAUAUAAGUUACAAGUGCUGUAUGAGGAAGUAUUUCAUAAAGAUGCAUAGCUACUCAUUGGGAUACACAUUAUUUAUAUUGAGUUUUCUAUACAGUAUGUGUCAAAUGCACUUGUUUAGUUUUGGCAAACACCAUUGGACUGGACAUACUUUACAUGUAGGUGCCUAUUAUAUGAAAUGAGGUCUCUGGAGAUCACGAUAUGAAAAUGUAAUCAAUGAGGCCAUUUGAUACUCUUGCGUCUGUUCAUUAUUGUACACUUAUCUUGAACCGAGUCUGAGGUGCAGAUUACCCGUAAGAAUGGAAAAAAAAAGACUUGUGCAAUCUAUUAAUGCUACAUUGCUUGGAGUAUGAUUAAUGAAGGGCAAUUGAAGACUUAAUAAUAUGUAUGACUAUGAUAUCCUUCAAGAUAUUUCUUUGGGCGUGUUUAUGCUUCCACUUUUCAGGCCAGAAUCAGCGUUUUCAUACGUGAUUAGUCCAAAACACGGUUGCGUCCAUGCUUACUUUCAUUUAAACGACGUUUCAGAAUGCCGAUCGUAAACUUACUAAAAGGUGUGUUUCUUAACAUCGUUAGACCAGAAUCAGGGUUUCUUGGGAAGUAUAAACAGAACCACAAUCGUAAACGUGUUUAAAUGACGUCAUGUGGUACAAGCUUCCGGUGAGAUGAAAAUCCGCAUGCGAAUACAUUCGCCGAAUACAUUCGCAUGGUUCUAACAGGGACUUACCUCCACGGAAUUACCUCUCAUUUCCCUGGUAUUUGCAUGUGUGAUUUAAGUAUCACUGUUACUACUCCUCUAAUUUGUCAUCACGAUGGAUGUUGAGGGAUUUAAAAAAACCCGGAAUACAAGUUUUGAUGAGGAGACAUCUCUGAGCCAGAAGCCCGAGUUGCAUAAACAAAUAUUAUUUUCUUAUGUAUAACCUUACUUUAAUAUUCUUUAUUUUGUCUUACUAUUAUCCUCACCAUGGUGGAAAUUCUAUGGCAAUGUCAAGUAGCUUCAUGCAAUUACUAAAAGAUCAGAAAUUGUUCAAAGUUUAAAUAAUAGUCGACCAUCACAACACUCGGAAAAAACUUUUGAAACAGGGCACGCCCAGAUCGUGAUUUCGCAUCUGAAAAAUCAAGCAUAAACAGCACUCCCAGAAGCAUGUUUGCGAUCGGCGUUCUGAAAUGACGUUUGAAAACAAGGGUUCUCUCUACGCAAUAGAAGCAUAAACACACCCUUUGUUGGUCAAGUCAGCCAGUAUCACAAAGGCAUUAACAAAUCUGUACAUUGUCAUUGUCAUACUUUAUCAGUGAUUCUUUAUGCAGUUAUGGUCCUAUAUCAUUCAGUUUUAUAUUUUCUAGAUAGACAGGAUUUGUUUUAUGCCAGACACUUUUUGUUGGAUUUUUAUGUGCCUGUAUAGCUAUCAGCCCAUAAUAUAUAAAAUAUUUAUAUGGUCAGAUCAUGGGAUAUGUAAAUAUGUAAAUGUACCUUAGAUAGAAAAUCAUUGAAUAUAAAAAGAGAGAGGACACAAAGAAAAAAAGUAUAAGGAGGGGGAAGAUUUAUUCAUUAUUGUUUUUUUUUUGGGGGGGGGUGAAAAGAGCACAAAGAAGAGGCUUAUAAAAAUUGAUCACAAUUGACUUGUACAAGUUUUAGAUGACCUAUAUAUUAUUUUUCAUUUUGAAUUCAGCAUUCCGAUAUGAAAUGAAAAGGAAAUGAGUUUUGUUCUACAGUAACAAAAACGCUAUGAAUCUGAUUUAUUUUGCAGAAAUGUGAAGCGCACUUGAUAUUGAUAAGGAAUAUAAAAAUUGUAUUUUCUGCUUUAAUGUAUGCACAAAUUUUCAUGACGGCAUGUCAAUGUAUGAGGUUAUGUAUUUUAGAGAAUAUUUAAAAGGAUUUUAUGUUCUCAUAUCAUUUACUGUAUGUUCUUUACACUCUGUGAAGAAACUGAAAAUUUGUGAAGGUGGCAAUUUUAUGGUGGUCCAUCAUUGUAAUACAGUUACCAAGUGUAUAAUGAAGCAUGUACACUAACUUUAUCGAUGCCAUAAACAAAUAUUUUCUGUAUUCAUCAAGAUUGAUAUAUCUUACAUGCUAAAUAUAUUGUUUAGUUAGUUCUCAAUUAUCAAUCAUACAUUGGUUUUAGGAUUAAGCACCAAAUUUUGGAUUGGCACUUUUGGGGAUACCAAAGCAAGGGUAGAUACAGGUAAGUGUAACCUCUUAGAUAAGCUGACUAAAUGGUAGCUGAAACAUAUAUUUUCAUGUAGUUUUAAAGAGGGAUUAUGCUUCAUGCUGCAGUGAAAGGGAUGGUUCGGGCUGAAAAUAUUUAUAUCUAAAUAAAUAGAGUAAAAUUCACAGAGCAAAAUGCUGACAAUUUCAUCAAAGUCGGAUAACAACUAACAAAAUUAUUGAAUUUUAAAGUUUAUCAAUAUUUUUUUUAAAGCAGUUAUAUGCACAUCGUCAUGAAUAUUCAUUAGGUGGGAUGAUGAUGGCGCAUCUCCUCUUUCCUUUUUUCUUAUGUUAUGAAAUCAAAUCAGAAAUGUUUCAUUUUUUCAUACAUGUGUAAAUGAUGUGUCUCCAUUAUGAGGAAAUAAGUUGCGGCAAUAAAAAACUAAUGCACUUAAUCAGUUGUCAAUCCAAUUGUUUAGUUCUUGGUAGAAAAAUUUAGAAUAAACCUAAUUUCCUAUAAUAAAAUACAAAAGAACAAGUGGGGAUAUGACAUCAUCAGCCCAUCUAAUGAAUAUUCAUAAAGACAUGCCUUGAACUGUUAAAAUUCAAUAACUUUGUUAUUUGUUAUCCAAUUUUGAUCAAAUUUUCAGCAUUUUGCUCUGUGAAUUUUACUCUCGUUUAUUGAGAAAUAAAUAUUUCCAGCCUGGACCAUCCCUUUAAGUUUUGUAAGCAGCUGAGUAGAAAGUUGAAUUUAUAUGGGUGGAAUAGCAAUGAGUCAACAAUGGCAAUGUGACUGAUGUAUUUGACAUCGGUAUGAACAUUGUUUUGGAAAGGAAACUGUUCACCAUCUUUUCAAACAUGAAAUAUAUAUUCAUGCUCAUUCUUGAUGUAGUAGUGUUUGAAUGACUCAACCAAUGCAAGACUGAACUUAUGUAUUCAUUUGUUUUUAUGUAGCAGUUGCACAAAUUAUGAAGAAGCAUUGUUAUUGCAAUGUUAAUAUGGCAGACCACACUACUUUUAUGUAUAUUUGUUUUGCUGGAAAAAAAUAUUUCCAAUUAAACAUACAUGUAUGCACAUUUACAAUAUAAGAA